CUGGAUGGGGACAUGCUCCAUCCAAAAACUGUGUGAUGUCUCCAACCAAAACUGCAGCUGAUGAAUUUUCAUGAAGAUGGUCAGAUGGUUGGCUAAUAUGACAUCACAAGAUGGCACGGACAACUACUAAUUUUCAAUACCCAAUCAAUAACAUCAAUCCAAACAAGACACCCAAAGAACAAUCAAACUCGUAUAAGAUCUGACCAAGAUGCUUGCCCAGCUGGUGUUUGAAGGAAUUCACCGAGAUGACAGAAACAACAGAAUCCGACAAGCUGUUCCAAAUGUUAAUCACUCUCAAUGAGAAGUAGCGGGCUCUCACAUCAGUGUUACAACAGGGGACAAAAAGUUUAUAGGAGUGACCUCUAGUGUCCCUACUGCAAUUUCUCGUCAGCAAGUGAUCAAGAUUCGAACAAAGUCCUUUUACAAUUUUAAAUACCAUAAUAAGAUCAGUUCUGAUCAGUCUGCCUUUGAUCGAGUAGAGACUCAGUUGCACGAGACGAUCCCUAUAAGUUAUGUCACAGAACCCAAUGAUUUUCUUAGUCCACCUUCUCUGAACAGCUUCUAGUAGUCUUACAUCACCCAAAUAUCCAGUAAACCACACCACAGAAGCAUAGUCGAGGAUUGGCCUAAUAUGUGAAAUAAAAACCUCUCAUAAAAUCCUGAGUUCUACAAAUAGUUCCCUUAAGAAUACUAUAGCUUAUGCCACUAGCUUUGCCUGCAAUCUCUCACAUGAAGAUGGAACUUGAGAGAAGAAUCAGUCCUGACCCGAAGAUCUUUGCGGUUGUCAACAUCUAAAAUAGGUUGCUCACCAAUGAAGUACUGCAAGAGAACAGGUGCAUCUUGAAAACUUCUACAAAAGUUCAUUCUGACACAUUUGCCAAUUGAAAAAGACAAACCCCAAGAUCUACUUGUAUUGAAGAGUAGAUUAAUAUCCCUCUGCAGAGGGAGCCCAGCUGUGCGUGGAAAUGUAAGGCUAGGCAUUCCACCUUCUGGGCAUCUCCAGCUAGUGGGACACCGUUGUGGUGGAGAGGGAACAUGAGAGGGGCCUGGGGACAGACCAGCUUCCUGAAGAAUAGCCAAUAUUUUGGCAAGUGAAGUUGAGAAGUCAAGGGAUGCGCAGAAGGUGGACCAAGAUACCCUUUUGGCUGACAAGAUCGUGUGCUUACAGCGAGCCUCCAGUUGGUGGAACCUCCGCCGCUGCUGUGUGAUGGGCCUGCGAUGCCAGGCAUUGUAUGCCCCGCGUUUGGCCCCCACCGCAGCCUCGCACUGUUGCUUCCACCAAGGGGUCUGGAGAAUGCUGGGAGGAAUGGAAGGUGAAACAAUGGGACCCCACUUCCACCAAGAAUGAUAAAGACCUGCCUGACACCCUUGUUAAGAGGCUUAUCAGGAGGAGACGUGUUGAGAUUAAGUAUGAAACUGAGGCCAAGGCUGAACCCAAUACAUCUCCCUCAGAGGCUACAACUCAGGGUAAUGAGAGGUGUGAUGGUGGUGUUGAUGGCAGGAGAGAUGAGGGAGAAGGUGGAUGGGAGCCACCCCAGUGGAGGCAAGUCCUGAAGAACCUUCAAGCUAUGCGAGCUGCACAGGAUGCCCCAGUGGACAGCAUGGGGGCUGAGCAGUGUAUAGAGCAAGGGGCUGAACCAAAGGUGUACCGCUUUCAGGUGCUUAUUUCUCUCAUGCUGAGCAGCCAGACCAAAGACCAAGUAACUCAUGCAGCCAUGACAAAGUUGCGUCAACAUGGCCUCACCCCAGACAGCCUCCUCAACACCUCAGAUACUACCCUUGGGGAACUCAUCUACCCUGUGGGAUUUUGGAAGAAAAAGGUGGCUUACAUCAAAAAGACUUGUGAGAUUCUGAAGAGGGAUUAUGAAGGAGAUAUCCCAUCCACAGUGAAGGAGAUGUGCCAGCUGCCUGGUGUAGGGCCCAAGAUGGCUCACCUCUGUAUGGACAUUGCCUGGGGCAAGCUGACUGGCAUUGGGGUGGACACACAUGUUCACCGUAUUAGUAACCGACUUGGCUGGACGAGGCAUCCCACCAAGACCCCAGAGGAAACCCGCAUUGCCUUGGAAGCCUGGAUGCCUAAAGACCUUUGGAGUAACACUAACCUACUCAUGGUGGGAUUUGGCCAGCAGAUAUGCCUCCCAGUUGGCCCUAGGUGUGGUGAGUGCCUCAACAAAGCCAUGUGUCCUUAUGGAAAAAAUGCCUCUCAUGGUUCCUCAAAGAAAGGCUCUCCUAGGAAGACACAGAAGAGGAAGCAUCCAGAGUAGUCAGUCAAAUUUUGGAGGGGUUUAGUAGAGCAAAUAUUGUUCUCUAGAGGUCAGUGAUGUCAUAUUGUUAAAAUUAUCCUUGAUAAGUGAAUAUCUAAGUAACUCAUACUCACCAAGUAUGUAUUCAGUGUUCUUCAGUGGUUUUUCAAGAACAUUUAUAUCAUCAAUUAUUUUAAAUAAAUAAUUCCUAAUAAUCAGACCUCUGAAUAUGUAAUAAUUUAUAUUACAAUGAAAAUGUGUUAUAUACAUCAAACUUAUAUUUGAUUUUAACCCUCUCGCACACCGUCAGUUUCCAAUAAGUUUCUGUUCCAAUCACCAUGCAUUUCUCAGGCCCGACCGGCCUUUUUUUGCCACUGCGAUACUCUACAUUCGCGGACGUAUUUUACCCUCACAGAUAUAUCGUACCUCAAUAAAUUUGGUAUCAAUGACUUCAUAAAGAUUUGUACUAGAACAUGCACAAAUAAAAAUAGAGGAAAAUAUAUAUAUAAACAAUACAAACUUGUUUCAAGUCUCCGUAUAGAGUAUUGUAGACAAUAAAGCCAACUUUUUAAGCCAAAUGUAUGUUUCAAAGCAGAAUAUAGUGAGGAUUCUUAUGGUAUCCUCAAAAUCCUCAUACGCCUAUUAGUUCCCGAGUUACACCGAGAAAACUGUAUUUUUUCCCUCUCCCGUCAGAGUAGGCUAACAACUAAAAAUCGCUCAAAGCUCCUCAUCUACGCUCUUUAGAAAGGUUGCCAUAUGUUACCAUUAAGAAACUUAUCGCAACAAAUGACGCUUCCAAAUUUGACGCACUUUCACCGAAAACUUAAUUUUUAAUCAUUUUUUGAACUUUUAUGACGCGUUUCGCGUCAUUGUGCGCCAGGACCUUUUCCCCUUGAUGACGCGAAGCGCGUCAUUGUGCGCGAGAGGGUUAAUUGUAAAUUCUAAAGCUAUAAGUUUUAUAUUUUGAGAACAAAUGUGACCGUACUGUACCGCAUCGCCACAGCCCGGCAACAGCACGUGUAUUCACACUACACCAGCACGUAAACGUCCUGGACCUGCACGAGACCUGCUCACACCAUUUGGUAGCAGUACGAUCCUGUCCUUCAACCUGGAAAUAUUGCAGCUGUGCUAAUUAAUUAUGUUUAAGUAUGUUAGUGUCAAUGACUUAGUUGUAAUAGCACUUCUUCUGGAGGAAGAAAAAAUGAAAGACUCAAAAGGAUAAGACAAGACUUUGGGUACACAAAUCCUUAAAGAAAAGGAAAACAGAAGAAGAAUGUGUGACACCAUAUAAGGAACUGCUGGAUGAUAAGCAAAAAUUCCAUCAAUAUUUUUCUGGCUCAGAGAGAGAGAGAGAGAGAGAGAGAGAGAGAGAGAGAGAGAGUCAGUGUGAAUACAACAACGUGUUUCCCAUAGAAGAAUAUUUUAUCGGUCUGGAACGGUACGUUCCAUGCCGGUCACUUUACGUAUACAGUACCCUCUUGAGUUUCGCGCUAUCCGAGUUUCGCGAUCCUCGAGUUUAGCGCUUAGUCCUAAAUUCUUACCAUCAUGACUUUCGCGCAUUACCACCACAAGUUUCACGUUGCUUUGACAUGUACGGGUCACAUCUACCUACCGUCGGCAUUAUGCAUGCUGCCUCAAAAGGCGGUGUCCAACCAUUGGGGCCAUGGACAACCACGGUUGCCCGUAUGCCCAACCGGGAGCGAGUUGUUGGUUGUCCUUAUGAAUGGAAAGCGGUUGUGAGUACGAGCGUGGGUACGUGGGUACCGAACGGCUGCAUGUAAACAAACAGACGACGGCAGUGGCUGAGGAGUGAGGAGCAGUGGAAGAUGGCCCACCAAGAGAUUCAUAAAAUGGACUGGCAGAGCUGCUUUGCUUACUACUUGAUUAACAAGAUAAGAGAACACCCCAUGCUGUGGAACCACAGUCCAAAAAUCUUUUUAUCAAGUCUUUGAAAAUUGUAGAUCUCCCAGUGUUGUUUUCCUUUUCUUCUUCUUCUUCUUUUGACCUGUAAUGCAUGGCAGUGACAGUGAAAAGUAAUAGUGAAAAAUUGCAAAAGGGCAUAGAAAAGCAAAAUCAGGGAAAGAAAAGGACAGAAAAACACCUAAGUUCAGGGUGAAGUGCAUAAGUGUGCACAGUUAAGGAACUAAGGGCCGCUUUCACAGUUACUUUGUUUGUUUUGAUCGUUACCAACGGCGGCGAUCGCCGCUUAGUAUUUCACGUGAAACUGGCCGAUGGGGUAGUGGCGGCUGCAGACGAAGUGAGAGAUGUUGAGUGUAUGGUAAGUGCGGGGUUAGGCUAACCCUGCAGCCGCCACUACCCAUCGGCCAGUUUCACAUGAAAAUACUAUAGCGGCAACCACCGCCAUUGGUAACGAUCAAAACAAACAAAAUGACUGUGAAAGCGGCCUUAUAAGUGCAUGUUAUGAAGUAUAAAAGUGUGGAGAAGGAGGACCUAAGAAGCGAUACAAAGAGUUACAAGUCAAAAGAAGAAGAAGAUCCACUACACUGGCCGGUGUUGCGAGAAAUAUCUCCCUGAUGAAAUUAGUCAUUCUGCUGUCCACCACGCAUGCUCGCUGUAGGAAUACACAGCAUUAAAAGUAUUAAUUUGCCUGGUUUUGUUCUAGUCUGUCCGCUUGUGAUCUUUGUGAGCGGUGAGGGAAAUAAGGAAACUGUAAACAAGUUGCACCUCUCUGCGAGCUAUUUUGCGGCAGCAGCAGCGGUUUACAUUCAAUAGGCAUUGAAAAGUCAAUCAUGAUAUUAGUGAUUUCAUGAUUUUUAACAGAAAGAGUUAGCAGAUUAUUUCAUAACACACAGAAAACUACCAGAAAAAUAUAGGUUUGUCCAACUGUCCCAUGGGUGACCGCGAGCGACCGCCCUUACUUUAGCAGACGACACCACGUGGAUCACAAGCGUGUAUUCAGAACUGCCAGCCAGUUGUAAGGCUGCCGCCUUCAACUGAGGCUUCAAAACGAUCUGCUCUUACUUCCCAUUUUCUGCCUAUUAACAAGGUACGUAUUUUGAGAUAACAAGAGAGUAAAGUCGAAAAAAUUGUAAUAACAAUUAAGGAAGUAAAGUCGGAAAAAGUCAUUAAUUUCACGGGUCGGAACCAAUAAGCACUUUUACGUGGAUUUCAAUACCUUGAGUUUCACGAUCCUCGAGUUUAGUGCCUUACCUUCGGAAUGAAGCAAGCGCGAAACUCGAGAGGGUACUGUAGUGUGAAUCAGCCUUUAAAAAUAAAUUUUUUAGAAGCAUUUCAUUGAUAAGACCACUCCAGUUGAAUACAUAUUACUGAAACAUGUAUCAGUUAUGAACAGUAAUUCAGGUAUAAUUUUACCUGAAUUACUGUUGAUUAUAAUCAACAUUUCUCCCCUAUUUUCCCCUUCAGCUUUGAGGUGCAGCAAAAUUAUCAAGAACUUCAUCCCUACUCUCUCCCUGCAGCUGCAAGGGGAAGUGGCAUUAUCAAGGGCUUCUUCCCUACUCUCCCCUUUCAGCUGUAAUGGGAAAAGGCAUUCUUCUUCUUUUUGUUUAAUACCCUUAUUUUCCCUAAUGGAGUUGGAUGGGCUAUGAGUCUCUCUCACUCUUCAUGAUUGUAUACUCUCUCCUCCCUGAUGUCUCAUGUCUUCCUCCACACACCGUCUCCAGGUCUUCUUCGGUCUCCCAGCUGGUCUCCUCCCUCAUUUUCUGAGUAAGUGGCCCUCCUCCUCUUGAAGUGCCCAUACCAUCUUAACCUUUGCCUCCUCAGCACACUCAACACAGCCUCCAAACCACCCCUCAUCACCUUCUCAUUUGAUACCCUAUUUUCCCAUCUUUCAUGUCCCAUAUAUCUCAGAAUUCUCCAGUCACUCCUCCAUAUCAUCCUACCCAGCUCUUUAUUUGUUGGCCAUGUUUCUGCUCUGUUUAAGAAGAGCCAACAGUAGUUAAUUAGGAGGUGACAUUCAUUCUUCUCAGAUUCUCAUGAAUUUGGGUAUGUAUAUGUCUUUGUACCUGAAGUAUAAGAUCCCCAAGUUUCAUUGAGAUACAAUCAGUAUUUAGUGGGAAAAAAAAAUAUAAUACACGCCAAAAAUGUCAAUAAAUGACAUGAACAAUCUUCACAAAAUCUCAACUAUCUAUUUUUCAGCUUAGUUUUGAAAAUAAGUCUGGAGAUGACAGAGACAUAUAGCUUUUUUUUCACUGUGUCAGAUUUUGGUUAUCACAUUUCAUAUACAAAAAUAAGAUAAAUUUG